AUGUCGUUGCGGUCGCUUCCGGCAGCUCCAGCUGACAACCAUGCGUUCGUGGUGCAGGUGGCUGUUGGCAAGGCGCACUCAAUGCUCCUGACGGAUGAGGGAGUCAUCUACAGCUGGACACCCUGGCAUGGUUUUUGUCUAUUGUUUGAUAAUGUUGCACAGUCUGUAGUUAUAGCAUGUCGUAGAGGAGAUGACAUAGACCUUCUCAUGGGUACGAACAAUGAAUAUGGCCAGCUGGGUCGAGCUUGCCACAACCAGGAUAAGAUGCUGAAGCCGGCUCCUAUCAUUGGUGGCAUCAAGCAAGAAAUCAUCGUCCAGAUAGCAUGCGGCCUGACCUGCAGCUGCACUUAUGCCGGUCAGCUGGGAGUUGACGGGUUCAGUGCAGCAGUGCCUGAGAGCGAGCUUGCGGUCACAGCUCCAACUCCAGUGAAGCAUUUUGAGGGUCAGGAGCUCCUUCACAGCGAUGAUGAGACCUCUUUGUGCGCACGCAGUUGCAGCUGUGGUCCCGAAAGCUCCGCCUGCGUUACCGUGCGUGGCGAGGUGUACGUUUGGGGUGCCAUCAGCUACUACAUGCUGGGGGCACAAAAGAGAUACGACAAAGCAGAAAAUUGUACAGUCCCGGUGUGCAUCAAGAGCCUGCCACGAGAAGCCUAUGCAGAGGAUGCAGGUCCUGAUCAGGAUGUCCUUGCUUGCAGUGUUGCGAAGCUUAACAUCGAAGACGAUAUGGCAAAUCUGAUAACGUCAUUGAAGAGUCGAUCUUCCCAAUUGGUCUCCGUGCGCCGCAUGAAGAGGCAGGGGUCGGUGCUUUUGGCUCACGCGUGGUGGCAUGCCACGAAAGCUUGGUUCCCCUCGCGUCACCUGCAAGACGAGUGA